GCCCAUGGAGGGGAACCGGGACGAGGCCGAGAAGUGCAUCGGGAUCGCGCGGGAGGCGCUGGAGGCCGGCAACCGGGACCGCGCCCUCCGCUUCCUCGGCAAGGCCCAGAAGCUCUACCCGACCGAGACGGCCCGAGUAUAUGGUUUUUUGGGUGUGGUGGUGUUGGUUUUUUCCCUGCAAGACAGGAUGGAUGUUGCUGGUAAAUCACCUGGAAGAAGGUAUUCAGCUUGAAACAAGGGCCUGAUUUGUGGAACUGGUGGGCAGUUAAAGCUCCAUCUGAAGCUAAUGAGAAUUGCAGAUGCCCUAAUACCACUGAAAAAAAUCAGGCCCUAGGCCUGAUUUGAACUAGUAAAAAGCCUGAUCUGAUCAACUGAUGAAUCUUGCUGAGGCAGGCACGAGCACAGGACCAGCACUGAAGUCAGCUGACUUUCUUGUUCAGGCCGAGUGUAGCUAUUCAUCUGCAGUACUUCAGGCUGCUGUGGCCAGUGGUUUUGUUGGAAGCUAUUAUGAAGAAUGGAAGUACUGCUGGGGGAGGCGCUUACUGCCGAAAACCAGCCAGUAGCAAUGAUCAAAGUAAGCCCAAUAGCACGAAGGAGAGCAAUGCAUCUGCUGCAGGUGAAAGUGGAAAAGGCUACACCAAAGACCAAAUGGAAGGAGUAUGCAGUAUAAAGAAAUGUAAAAAUUAUUAUGAAGUCCUUGGCGUGUCAAAGGAUGCAGGUGAAGAAGACCUGAAGAAGGCUUAUAGAAAACUUGCUUUGAAAUUCCACCCAGACAAAAACGAUGCACCUGGAGCAACAGAGGCUUUUAAAAAAAUCGGAAAUGCGUAUGCUGUGCUGAGUAAUCCAGAAAAACGAAAGCAGUAUGACCUUACAGGCAGUGAAGAGCAAACAUGCAAUCAUCCUAGCAACGGUAGAUUCAACUUCCAUAGAGGCUGUGAAGCAGAUAUUACUCCAGAGGAUCUAUUCAACAUGUUUUUUGGAGGGGCCUUUCCAACAGGUAGUGUACAUUCAUUUUCCAAUGGUCGUGCUGGCUACAGUCAUCCUAAUCAGCACCGUCAGAGUGGACAUGAGAGGGAGGAAGAGAGGGGUGAUGGAGGUUUCUCUAUGUUCAUUCAGCUGAUGCCUAUUAUUGUCUUGAUCCUUGUCUCCUUGUUGAGCCAGUUGAUGGUGUCUAACCCUCCUUACGCCUUAUACCCAAGAUCAAGUACAGGACAGACCAUAAAAAUGCAGACAGAAAACUUGGGUGUUGUUUAUUAUGUCAACAAGGACUUUAGAAAUGAAUACAAAGGAGUGUCAUUACAGAAAGUGGAAAAGAGUGUGGAAGAGGAUUAUGUGUCCAACAUUCGUAAUAACUGUUGGAAGGAGAGGCAACAAAAAACAGACUUACUUUAUGGAGCAAAAGUAUAUCGAGAUGACCGUCUCCGAAAGAAAGCAGAGUCCAUGUCCAUGGACAACUGCAAAGAACUAGAACGGCUGACCAGCCUCUAUCGAGGAGGAUGAACUACCAUUAUACACGUACAUCUUUAUGUAUGCUGUUAUCUCUCUUGUAAAUUAAGAAGAGAUUUAGUUUCACCAUGAAUGCUGGAAAAGAGGGGUGGAUGUAAAACUCUACUGUGUAGCUGUUUCCAGAAACCUUAUGCUGAAAUAUCAUUUAAUGGCUUCUUUACCUACUGUGAAAUAUAGGUAACUUUAAUUGUCUAGAUUUUACUUCAAAGCUUCCGUGAAUUCUUUCAGCAGAGAGAAUAGCUCAGAAAGGAUGCUAUACUUGUAGAGACUUAGUCAUAGUGGUUCUCCUCUAACAUAUUUGCCAUGUAAAUAUCUGUGGAAAGAACACUUUGUGUAUAUACGAGUUAAAUGACUUUCUAUUUAAAAUCUCAGAAAUUUAGUUCCAUACAACAUUUUGUCUCACUGAUGGAAUAAAUAGUAUGAUUACAUCCCUCCUAUUCAGAUGUCAAGUGUGUGGAGUUGAAACAAGAAUUUUUAAUAUUUUAUCUCUAACUAUGUAAAAUCUUCUAGGUUUACCAGCUUAGAGGAACUUGGUAUUUUUAAAUAUAAUGGCAUAUAUUCCUAAAUAUCUGUCGGGGUAUAUUGAUCUGGUGUAGAGUAGCAGUUAGCUGUUGUAGUUUUUUAGCGUUUCUAAGCAAUGCUGAGAAAACUAAGAACUACACUAAUCUCUUUUUGAAGUAAGUAUUUGCAAAUGCUGUACAGACCAUUAUAAGCAUUGCUUUUAGUACUUGCAACAGUUUAUAGCAUAUGUAUGGUUAACACGCAUCCCUAGCUUCCUUAAUUUUCACUUGAAAGGUAGAGGAAAACAUGGAAUAGUAAAAUCUUAAAGCUCAAAAAAAAAAAAAAAAGACAACCUAAUUUUUUUUUCCUGGGAGGCUUCCAUUUUCUUACUAUUUUUUAUUUCUGGCUAGGUCCCAACACUAAUCCCUCAAUGGGCACCACAAAUGGAACAGGGAAAUAUUGCUAAGGACGAGCUAUGUGCCUUUCAACACUUUUGCCAACUAUUUCAAUGCUUUGCUAGUUUGCAGUAUGCUGCUGUGGUCAGAUCCAUAUCACUCGUCCCGGGGCGGAAGAGGUAGGGUAUGCAUUUCUCUGGACCAGAAUGUUGCUGGACUGAUUUCCUAGAAAUGAGCACAUGUACUGUCCGGCUCCUACAUACAAUAUCGUGUAACUCAGUGGCCUGUACGUGGAAACCAGCGGCAGCCACACCUGCCGAUGCAAAGAGGUGUUUUCAAGCAGCUAAGUACAAUGUACUUAAAAUUUAUCAAAAGUGGGUUGAGGUAUUUGUAGGUUUGGUAGCUGAUGUGUUUAUGUUUUACCGGUGCUAUGCAGGAGAAAAUGUUUCUUGUGUUUGAGAAUGCCAAGUGGUUCAUAAUAAGGGCAGUAUUUUUUGUUUGUGAAAGCUGCUACCUUUGAACAACGCUAUCAGUUUAUGUGGAGCCCAACUCUCCUCCUAAAUUGAAAGUUUACAUACUUGACUGACUUCGUGGGAAUUCCUUCUGAUCUAGAGCAGGAUUUGACUUUAGAAAUACUAUUGCUCUCAGUGACCCAGAAAUCAUUUUGCAUAUAUACCUUUUCUAAACUGUCCCACUGGAAAUGGGCUCUGUUGAAUUGGUGUAACAUGAGAGAGACUAGCUGCAGGCUUUUAACUAAGCAGCUAAACCAGCACUCAAGGUGGACAUCAAAGCCUGAGGCACAAAGCAGAACUAAAAGCUGCUGAAACAACAACAACAAAAACCCCCACUACAAAAAAGGGUUGCUGUACUGGGUGUCCUUACUAAGAUUAUAGGAAAAGCGUGCAGAAGUAAUGGAAAGGCACCCAAAUAUUUGAAGUUUGCAAUAGAAAUUUAUGGAGAAGACGUGAUUCCCCGGAUUUUGUAACUGUCCAGAAUGUAUUCUAAUUAUACUAAUGAAAACAAAAUAUCAAAGUAC